UCCGGAGUCUCCUGUUGACAAUCACAUGAGGCAAUGGGCUCUAAUUAUUAUGAUUAGUUCAGUAUUUUACACGGACCCGAACACGAGGGAGUUCAUGAGACUUCUGAAAGAGCAGCACCAAAAGGCAGCCGAAAGCGACGAGUUGUCACAGUCGUCGAUGAGGCCCAAGUGGGACACCCCAUUCAACCGGGCCCUGAACAUACUGAAAAAGGUCCCGGUGGACAAGUCACCGUCCUAUGGACGUGUGCACGGCGUCGGAGAUGGCGCCUCGUGGAAGACGUGCUACCUUGAGGAGCCAGAGGAAAGAAGGAAGAGAUGGUUGGUCAUCACUCAGGAGAGCAUCGACGAGAAGGUCGCGAUUGCGGUCAAUAAGACCAAAGCUGAGACCAAAGAAGAGUUGGUCAGGGUAGUCAAUGCAGCGCUCACUAACAUGAUGGCCAGCUUGUGGGCAAUUUUCAAUUGGUUGAAGAGCAAUCCAAAUCCAUGGCCAGAGGACUUUCCCCUUCCCAGCUUUGUGGGGAGCAAUUCGGUGACCACCACAUCAACAACACCUGCCCAAGCAACCGCAAAAGUUCCCGUUCCUAUUCAUAGCAGCCCGACCUCCAUCUCUGGCAUGCUCGACGGGCCUUCGUCGCUGGGUGAGCUCGACGCCCUUAUGGCCGACGACACCCCGUGCACCCUACUCUACGACAUCAAGGGCGAGAAGGUGGCUGUGCGAAAGGCAACCAUCGUGAAGCCGAAGGACCGCAUGUUCCACAACCGAGAGAUGCCCGAUGGUGUCUUCAAGGUUAACGUGGCCAAUGUCUUAGCGGGCUUUGAGGAUUUUCCUCCUCUGAUACCAGUCGAUGACGACAACGAGACUCCUAAGAUGAUUGGCGCAUGA